CUUGAAUACAUUAUGGUCAAAGACUUCAGCAAUUUUGUGGAUAGAGUUGCAAUGAACACAUCCCUCUGUGCUGUUGUUCAUGGUUUAUUUUUCCUGAAUGGGGGACCACUGGACCAGGUCUAGACAUGUGUUGUCUCCCAUGUUCACUGCUGGGAGGUUGAAGCAGAUGCUGCAUCACGUCAACACCAGCGCUGCCGACCUGGUGGCUCUCAUCAAGAAACACAAGGAGGAGGGGAAGCUCAUCCCUCUCAAAGUCACUGCAGCCCGUUACACUUCCGAUGUAAUAGCCAGGGUAGGUUUUGGUGUAGAUUCCAAGGCUUUGACAGAAGAAAAAAGUGAAUUUGCUUACAACAUCAACAACUUUAUUCGCAUUCCUGCCACACGUCUUCAAAAUAUUUUCAGAGCUAUUAAUGAAUUUUGUCCACCCGUCAUGAAGAUUGGUCUUGCUCUAUUUAACGAACAAGUGGAUGCUAUUUUACCAGAAACCAAUAAUUACUUCGUUAAUUUUAUCAAUGAUGCGAUUGAACGUAAACUAGCUGAAAAGAAAAAUAAAGUCACCUCUAAGAAGACCCACCUGGACAUGCUUGACAUGCUACUUGAAGCAGAGGUCGAUGACCGGACAGGUCAACAGCUGACCGCAGCAGACAGGAAAAUCACCAGGAAAUACGUGAUCGGCAACUCCGCCAUCUUGAUCUUAGCUGCCUUUGAAACCACGUCAACGGCCCUAAGCUCCAUCUUGUACCUACUAGCCAGGCACCAAGACAUUCAGGACAAGGUCAUUGAAGAAAUUGACGAGGUCAUGCAGGGCAAGUCCAAACCCACAUACGAGGACAUGGCUAAGUUGACCUAUACAACUCAGGUGAUCUACGAGUCACUGAGGAUGUUUCCCCCCUCACCUGACAUCACACGCAGGGCCAAAGAGACCAGAAACUUCAACGGGAUGACCAUCCCAAAAGGGAUCACAAUUUUCAUCCCCAUCUUCAAGAUUCUAAAAGACCCUGAAUAUUUCCCUGACCCCUAUAAAUUUGACCCGGACAGAUUCUCACCCCAGAGGAAGUCUGAGAUUGACCCCGUGACCUUUUUACCUUUUGGGUUUGGCAGACGACAGUGUGUGGCCAAACGUCUGGCACUGGUGGAACUUAAGGUUGUUCUGUGUCAGCUACUGACCACCAUGAGGUUUGUUCAGACAGACAGGACAGAACCAGCUCUUGGAAACGAGGCUGAGUACAUCCAUGUGGAUGGAUUUUUUGUGGCCAAGAAACCCAUAGAGAUGGAUAUAGUUCUGAGAAACCAGUGAGGUCGUC